UUAUACCAAGAUGUCUUAUUAAUUGUUGAGAGAUUUCUAUAUGUAAAAGGAUUGGUUUUAAAUUUGUAUUUGCUUGUGUAUAUUUACGUAAUAAUUAUUAGCCCGAUUAAACGACCAGGUGACUAAAAAGUCUGCAGUCAUUGAAAUAUCUUUUUUAGUAUUAUCUAUGAACGCAUAUAUGUCACAGAAUACAUAUAUUAUAUUUGCUACUUUUUUGUCAACCAGGGUGGCGCGAGCCGGAUGGGGAGAAGUCUCCGUUCCUCCGCAACGAGCCAGUGAAGCUGACCCCUGCGUGGGAGGGCAGCAACCUGCCCAAUGACACGCUCAACUUGAAAGGAAUUGCAAUGGACCUAGCACCACCUAAAGACAGAUGGAACAUGAUAUACAUAAUACUUGCGAUACACGGACUUGGUACCUUGAUAGCAUGGAAUAUGUUCAUCACUGCAAAGGAUUAUUUCGUUGAGUAUAAAUUAGCGAACGCCAAGGAAUACUCUGAGCAUUAUUUGUCAUACGUCGGAUGGGCGGCGCAGGUGCCAAACUGUUUGUUCAAUUGGAUUAAUAUCUUCGUGCCUCUAAAGGGCAGUUUGACGACGCGUAUAGUAUGGUCGCUGAUGAUAGAGGUAGCUAUAUUUGUGGUGACUGUUAUUCUGGCCAUGGUGGACAGCUCCCAGUGGCCCGCCACAUUCUUCUGGCUCACGAUGAUAUCUGUGUUGUUACUUAACUCUUUCAACGCUAUUUUCCAAAACUCGGUGUACGGUGUGGCAGCUCGCUUACCGCCGAAAUACACAGGCGCUGUGGUACUAGGGUCGAACGUGUGCGGCACCAUAGUAGUGUUCAUGUCUUGGACAUCGGAGUUGUUCGAUAGCCGACGUACUUCCGCCAUAUAUUACUUCAUCACCGGCAUAUUUGUACUGCUAUUAUGCUUCGACACGUACUUCGCUCUGCCUCUCAAUAGGUUCUAUCGCUAUCAUGACACGCUGCAACAGAGAACGUUACGCGUUAACCCAGCAUUGGCUGCCACCAACCAAGUGGCUACUCCAAUUAAAACGAAAAUCCCAUAUGGGACAAUUUUCCUUCAGGCGUCGGUUCAACUCUACAAUAUAUUCAUUGUGUUUUUUGUCUCGCUUGCUAUAUUCCCCGCUAUUCAUUCUGAUAUCGAGCCUAUUCAAGAAGGUUUUCUCGGUGGCAAAUUCGUGUUGAUCACAUGCUUCCUGACAUUCAACUUGAUGGCUAUGUUGGGAAAUAUCACUGCUAGUCUUUGGCAAUUCCCGACACGCAGAUGGUUGUGGGUGUUCACCUCGCUGCGUAUCCUGUUGAUCCCGUUCUUCCUGAUGUGCAACUACAAGCCGUCGAUCCGCACUUUACCCGUUUGGGUGACCAACGACUGGGUGUACUGGGCAGCCGCUGCGCUGUUGGGCUGGAGCUCUGGACAUGGCAGUUCUUUGGGGAUGAUGUACGUCAGCAGUACGGUAGCGCCCGAGCACGCGGCCACUGCUGGUAUGAUAGGCGCGGCGACACUAGUGACGGGCAUCCUGGGCGGACUGCUGUUCACACGUCUGGGGCCCGCAUUAGUGACGCUACCCUCCAUCUAGCGGCUGCGGGCCCUGCUCCAAGCUAUAUACGCACUCCUGGCCGCGCUUUGACCGGACCAACUCAUCGACACCCCUGACGAUACCUAGAGGACGUAAGCUAAAC